UUGGAUCCAGAAUCACGGGACUGUGGGAGAGCACCUCUUUUUCGUUCACACCCGGUCGACUUAGCGGCAAGUGUUGUGAUCGGCAUGUGAAAAUGUGCUCAAGAACAACAGCAGAGUACGAGGGAGAAGUGCCUGGCCCAAAAGAGGAGAAGGAGCCACGACGACAACUACUGGACGCUGUGUUCAAGCUGCAGCCUCGAAUUGUGUUACGCAGAGCAGACAUCACUGAAGAGCUUCAUACGGAGCGGCAGGAGCCAGAGCCCCCUCACAUUAAAGAGGAAGUGGAGGACGAAGAGGUCCACUACAUCAAAGAGGAAGAGGAGGAGGAUAUCAAGUUUCCAUCGACUGGUGUCCCUUUGAAGAGUGAAGAUGAAGGUCAAAUUGAGGCGAGCGGAGAGACGGAGCCUCCAAGCCGAAGCUCAAGUCAACACAUGACAACAGAAGGUGAUGGAGGAUCAAAAGCAGACGGCCUCUUAGCUCCACUGUCAGAUAGUGACGACAUGACGUCGCACUCUGCUCACACUGAUGAAGAUGAUGAUAAUGAACAGUCGGAAGGUGAAAGGACAUGUCACACUGACAACAAACGAUGGAAAUGUUCUCAGUGUGACAAAAAAUGUGCUUAUAAGAGCAUUUUGAAUGAACAUGUGAGAACUCACACUGGAGAAAAACCUUUUUCCUGCUCAGUUGCUGGUCAAAGAUUCCCUGAAAAGAGAAAGUUAAAAAUACACAGAAGAACACACACUGGUGAGAAACCUUUUUCCUGCACAGUUUGUGCUCAAAGAUUCUCUGUGAAGGGAAACUUAAAAAAACACACAAGAACACACACUGGAGAGAAACCUUUUUCCUGCUCAGUUUGUGGUCAAAGAUUCACUCAGAAGGGAAACCUAAAAUUACACACACGAACACACACUGGUGAGAAACCCUUUUGCUGCUCAGUUUGUGGUCAAAGAUUCACUCAGAAGGGAAAUCUAAAAUUACACACACGAACACACACUGGUGAGAAACCCUUUUGCUGCUCAUUUUGUGGUCAACAAUUCUCUACUAAGAGCAACUUAACAAUACACACGAGAACCCACACUGGUGAGAAACUUUUUUCCUGCUCAGUUUGUGGUCAAAGAUUCUCUGCGAAGGGAAACUUAAAAAUACACCUAAGAAUACAUACCGGUGAGAAACCCUUUUCCUGCACAGUUUGUGCUCAAAGAUUCACUCGGAAGGGAGAUUUAACACAACACACAAGAACCCACACUGGUGAGAAACCUUUUUCCUGCUCAGUUUGUGGUCAAAGAUUCACUCAGAAGGGACACUUAAAAUUACACACAAGAACCCACACUGGUGAGAAACCCUUUUCCUGCACAGUUUGUGGUCAAAGAUUCACUCGGAAGGAAAACCUAACACAACACACAAGAACCCACACUGGUGAGAAACUUUUUUCUUGCUCAGAUUGUGGUCAAAGAUUCUCUUAUAAGUAUCAGGCUAAGACACACACGUGUGCUGGUGAGAAUAGCAGUGAUCAAGAAGAUUUUCAUGCAAAUGUAAAUGUUUAAAGACGUAAUUACGAUGUUACUGACUGACAAGUGAAAAAUUUACAUUCUUGUAUUCUGUGUACCAGCUUUUAUUGUAUCCAAAUAUUUGAUAAAAGCCUCCAGCAGGCAAGUGUGGAAAAUGUGCACUGUUUAGCUUAGUUUGUAUGACUUUAAUGAUGACCUCCUAUUAAAUACAGCAAGCUGUAUUUUUUUAUGUUUUUUAUUUCCUGAGAAGUUGUCAUUUUGAAGGUGAGGGGAUUUCACCUGACAGCUACGAUAUAUCAAAUAUGACUAUAAUACAUUAGUUUUCCCACACAAGCUAAACUCGUGCUUUUCAAGUUUCGAUUUUGGCGAUGAAAAACAGGCGUUCAAAAGGGAAUUAAUCCCUUCCCAAUUGUUUCAAAACAUAUUAUUUUAAAUGACUGCCAGUUUAAUUUUCUUGAGCAAAAAAAAAAUACAUAAAAGGAACUUGUUUGUGAAAUAUGGACCAUUAAGACCCAUACUUCCUUGAAGCAAUGCAUGGACUUUGUCCAAUGUUUUCGUGGUCAAUAUCCUUCCAUCCAUCCAUUUGCUGUACCGCUUUUCCGCACUGGGUUGCGGGCUUGCUGGAGCCUAUCCCAGCUAUCUUCGGGCGAGAGGAGGGGUACACCCUGAACUGGUCGCCAGCCAAUUGCAGGAUGUCAAUAUCAAAUAAGUAAAUGAUUGAUUGAAAUAAGACUGUCAAGAAACUUUGACUUUUGGGGGAAACUAUGAAGUGUAUUUGUGAUCCUUAAUAAAACCCACUUUUUAA